AUGGCUGUCUUUCUCAUGUUCUUCUUUCUUUUCUUCGCCACCUCUUCUGCAGCCUCUUCUAAAUUCGAUCUCCAAACAGCUUACCCUGACCACUGUGCUUCAUUUGUUCCCCAGUCUACCCCGAAAGGAGACGCGCAAGGACCGCCCGACCAACACCGCCACACAGGUUACUACACCCGUGGCGGUGGCAGUGACGUUCUUAGUCUUAGCUCAUUGUAUUAUCCUAACGAAAACUCUGUUCAAUUCGUUAUCAAGAGCAUUAGAGAAACUGAUGUUCAAGGCCUGAUCAAGCUUCAAGGGAGUUUGAUAUUUCCGAGAGAUGCGUUUUACUUUGUGGGAAGUACUUCCACCACAAGUAAGAUGUCCUCAUCUCGAUCAGUUCUUCGUCCAAGAAGAUCAAUAAGUGUUACACUUGGUGGGUUCUGGUCACAAUCUUCCGGGAAGCUUUGUAUGGUUGGUUCGGGUUAUGAUUACUUGGAAGGACGCAGUUAUUUGCAUCACAUUCAUUCUGUUCUUAAGCUCUACAAUUUCGCGAACUCCACUAAAGCCACUAGUUUGAUUAGCGGAACCUUAGAGAGCAUGAACACUUCCGAGAAUGAUGCAGAUUAUUUCGAACCAAUCUCUAUUUUGAUGCUUCCUAGCAUGAACUACCAGUACACUCUGAUUUCAAAUAAAUCUGAGACCAUCAGUACUUCCGGUGGAACUGAUAGUUCCAAUCCCACAAGUUCCUUGAAUAGAAAGAGAUUUUGUUCUGUACUCUCAAACGAAGUGCCAUACCAUGCAUUUGAUCUCAAAUACUCAAGCCGUUGCGUAUCUGCGAACAACUGCACUCCAGUUGCUGCGUCUAGUUUGCCUCGGUUUAUGUUCUUGAAGCUUACUGAAUGUUUGGAGGAUACACGAAGGUUGAGAGUCCUGGUGGAAUUUGAAGACAGCAGCAACUUCUGGUAUCGAACGUUCGAUCCCAAUACAACACUGGUUGGGGAAGGCUCAUGGGAUGCAGAGAAAAAUCAGCUAUCUUUUGUUGCAUGUCAAUUCUUGGUUGCAGCAGGCUCUUGGAACAAUACUAGCGUCGGUGAUUGUUCAAUAAGAUUGAGCUUGCGAUUUUCAGCUGUUUGGACAAUCGACAAUCGGAAACAGUAG